UCUCCCUCUUUCUCUCUCUCUCCCUCUCGUUCUCCCUCAGUAUGGAAUAGCUCGGCUCGUGUCUCACUCGUCUCUGUUUCUCUCUGUGUGUGUGGACAUUACUGACUGACUGGGACUCAGCUGGUGGAACUGAAACUCUUGUCAGAGGAGACAGACUUCAUAGGAUUCACGAUUCAGGGCAAGCUCUAGGGAAGAGUGUGAAGGUCAAAGGUCAUGGGAAGGUCACCGGGGUCGGAGGUUCCUCUCCUCCUCCUCCUCUUCGUCUCUAUCGUCUCCUCUCUCUCUCCACCUCAGCCCAGAGUCUUCCUCCCCUUUCAAGAGCUGCAGACGAGUCACUCCUUUGAGUUCUACACUCUGUCUGAGAAGCAGAUGGACUACAGGAUCCUGUACGUGGACGAGGAUCAGGACCGUAUGUAUGUGGGCUGUAAAGAUCAUCUGCUCUCCAUGGACAUCAACAACAUCACUCAGGGAACACUGAAGGUUCAUUGGCCUGCAUCCAACACUAAGAUCGAAGAAUGUCAGAUGGCUGGAAAAGAUCCAACUCACGGUUGUGGAAACUUCCUGCGAGUGAUUCAGCCCUUUAACAGAACUCAUCUGUUUAUCUGCGGCAGUGGAGCCUACAGUCCGGUGUGUGCCUACGUCAACCGUGGCCGACGCCCUGAGGAGAAAGUGUUUUACGUCUCCUCAAAGUCAGAGUCAGGAAAAGGACGUUGUUCUUUCAACCCACGAGUCAACACUGUCUCCAUCAUGCUCAAUCAGGAGCUUUUCUCUGGUGUGUACAUUGACUUCAUGGGGACGGAUGCAGCGAUCUUUAGGAGUCUUACAAACAGAAACGCAGUCAGAACGGACCAGCACAACUCCAAAUGGCUCAGCGAGCCUGUGUUUAUUGAUGCUCACCUGAUCCCUGAAGGAUCUGAUCCAAACGACACCAAACUUUACUUCUUUUUCCGUGAGAGACUAACAGACAACAGCGGCAACACCAGGAACAUCCACACCAUGGUGGCACGAGUCUGUCCUAAUGAUGUAGGUGGUCAGCGCAGUUUAGUGAACAAGUGGACGACAUUUUUGAAGGCCCGCAUGGUGUGUUCUGUUGUGGAGGAGGACGGCACUGAAACACACUUUGACGAGCUCGAGAGUGUGUUUCUGCUGGAGACUGAAAAUCCCAAAGGCCUGCUUAUAUACGGAUUGUUCACUUCCACCAGCUCAGUGUUUAAAGGCUCGGCGGUGUGUGUGUAUAACAUGGCCGAUGUGCUGACGGUGUUUAAUGGGCCGUUUGCUCACAGAGACGGACCAAAUUUUCAGUGGACUGCAUUUCAGGGACGAAUGCCGUAUCCACGCCCUGGAACUUGUCCAGGAGGUGCCUUCACUCCCCACAUUCGGAGCACUAAAGAGUUUUCUGAUGAUGUGGUGACGUUCAUGAGGAAUCACCCGCUGAUGUUUAACUCGAUUUACCCACUUGCCCGAAGACCGCUGCUGCUGCGCACACACGCUGAUUACAGAUACACCGCCAUCGCUGUCGACCAGGUGCACGCUGCUGACGGCCUCUACCACGUCCUGUUCCUCGGCACAGACAGAGGCAUGGUGCAGAAGGUGGUGGUCUUACCCACUAAUCGCUCCUUGGAUGAGGAUCUGAUUCUGGAGGAGCUGGAAGUAUUUAAGAAACCAGCAGCAAUAACCAACCUGAGGAUCUCCUCUAAAAAGCAACAGCUGUACGUGAGCUCGGAGUACGGCGUAUCCCAGGUGUCCCUGCACCGUUGCCAUGCCUACGGAUCAGCGUGUGCUGACUGCUGUUUGGCCCGAGACCCGUACUGUGCCUGGGACGGGCGGAGCUGCUCUGCCUUCUACCCUACAGGAAAGAGGAGGAGCAGGAGGCAGGACAUCAUGCACGGAAAUCCACUCACUCAGUGUCGAGGCUUCAACCUGAAAGCUUACAGGAACGCAGUGGAGAUGUAUCAGUAUGGAGUUAGGUAUAACACCACGUUCCUCGAAUGUUCCCCCAAAUCACCACAAGCAUCUAUGCAGUGGCUCAUACAGAGAGAAAACGACCGCAGGAAAGAGGUGAAGAUGAGCGAGCGUGUCGUAGCGACAGAACACGGUCUCCUGAUCCGCUCGGUGCAGCUCUCUGAUCAGGGUCUGUAUUACUGUGUAGCCACUGAGAACGGCUUUAAGCGGACACUCGCCAAAAUCCGGCUCCAUGUGCUGAGUGAGGCGCUAUUGAGCGCGCUCAGUGACAAGCGCUCAUCGUCGUGGAAACCCAAAGCGCUGGCUUCGGCCCUGGGUCCGUCUGAGACUCUGGCCAUGCAGCAGUACUGCAAAGAACGUCAGCAGCUGCAGAGCUUCCAGAUAAAUCCACGAGGAGACCUGGGGAAACUCAAACCGCUGCUGGAGACCCGCAAGAGCCGCAACCGUAGGAACCACCGACACGCCGAGUAGAAGACAGAGGUCCUGGGCCAACGAGGGCGGAGCUUAGGUCGAUUUUAAACAGCCAAUCACAAACUCACUGUUUUAAGCUAUUUCUACACUUCAUAUUUAUAACAAUUCAGCAACAUUAGCUGAAGAUACACAGCACCAUAAAUACAGCAUGUUGCUAAUCAGUAGCCACCUGAUGCUAAGACGCUAGCUAACUCUAGCAAAAAUACAGGUUUUAAUUACAGCAUAUAAUAGUUUAGCAAUAUUCGCUAAGCUAGCCAGCUUUUUAAACACAUGUUGUUGAGAUAUCAUACGUAACAACAAUAUCAUUUGCAUAUUAGAAGACACUUAUUCGCAUAUUCCACAUGAUUGGCUCUAGCGUCGGUACAAUAAUCUGUUCUUUAUGCUAGCUUAUUGUUGAGUACAAUAUUUUAUUCUCCCAAUAAAUUUAUUUGUCUAGUU